UGAGCCAAGAGGAAGUUCGAAGGGUGUAGAUGCGACACUUUAGGACGAUGUGGACAAUUAUCGAGGUCGGUGUGGGAAGUUAAUUGUAAACUGUGCACGGUCAUGAGAAUUUCGUUGCGAAUAUGACAAUGCAACCGGUGUAUAUUGGGAACCAACGCACCUGUGGAACCUUGAGGCAGUCACGAUGUUCAAACUCCAACCGAGGCUACGCUUCUCAAUCCAGCAGCGUCCACUGGAUCAAAAUCGAAUUGGACACCGUGCCGUCUGGAACCUAGCCAAAGAAAGUUCCCCCGAAUAGCAAUUUAGUUUCCGAAGUCGUAGCGGAUCAACGUCCAUCGACACGUUCCAGGAUCCUACGCGAGUCGGUGAAUCGUGCUCGUAUUUUCCCGCGGAAAUGUUCGCGCCAUAUCGUCGGCCAACGAAGCUCCCAUCGAUGGCUGAGUCACGUCUCCCUCGAGAUCCUAGGAGCCUAGAGAGGCUGCAGGUCUAAUCGUAGCGAGCUAAGUAAACGUCCACUUCCGUUCUUCGAUGGCCUGGCAGGACUGUUUGAUCAACCGCCUCGUCGACGAUGAUGAAGAAGAAGGGGAAGAGGGGGACGAGGAGCAUCGUGGACCACGGUAACGGAAUAAAACAAUAGACAUCCAGAGACACCUACGAGAGAUGCAGUCGAACGGAACAAUGGACGAAGAUCUGGGCAACGCAACGGAGCUACCCAACUUAUCCAACGUCCUCAUAGACACUGGCCAGAUGAAUGGCUCAGACGUCUACGGCCACGAGACCAGCCACCAGCUGGAACACGUUCUUCUGUUGACGGUGAAGGCCACUGUGAUGGGCUUCAUCAUCCUAAGCGCCCUGUUCGGUAACCUCCUGGUGAUAGUGUCGGUGAUGAGGCAUCGCAAACUCCGCGUCAUCACCAACUAUUUCGUGGUCUCGCUAGCCCUGGCCGACAUGCUGGUCGCCAUCUUCGCCAUGACUUUCAACGCAUCCGUCGAGCUCUCCGGCCGAUGGCUGUUCGGUUACUUCAUGUGCGACGUCUGGAACUCGUUGGACGUGUUCUUCAGCACCGUUUCCAUCCUUCAUCUGUGCUGCAUCAGCGUGGACCGUUACUACGCGAUCGUCCAGCCGUUAGACUAUCCACUGAUAAUGACCAACUUUCGGCUGAGCACCAUGCUUAGCGUGGUGUGGUGCUCGCCGACGGUGAUGAGCUUUCUGCCCAUAUUCGCCGGAUGGUACACCACCGAGAAGCAUCUCGAGUUUCGCAGAAACUACCCGGACGUUUGUGUGUUCCAAGUGAACAAACUGUACGCCGUGGUCAGCUCCAGUGUCAGUUUCUGGGUGCCCGGGAUCAUCAUGAUCGCGAUGUACUACAAGAUCUAUCAGGAGGCUGAUCGUCAGGAGCGCAUGCUGUAUCGAAGCAAAGUGGCAGCGGCGCUUUUGAACAAACAUCUGCAGAUCAACGGAAUUUCUGCUGGUUUAACAUCGCUACCCACGGUAGAUCAGUCGUCGCCAGAUCCACAGCCUGAGGAUCCACCGAUCACCAGCAGCAGCAAAAUGAGGAGGGAACGAAAGGCUGCCAGGACACUGGGAAUUAUCAUGUCAGCGUUUCUAGCGUGUUGGCUUCCUUUCUUCCUCUGGUACAUCAUCACAUCCCUAUGCGACACCUGCGAGAGCAGCGACGCGGUCGUGGCUGUGGUGUUCUGGGUUGGCUACUUCAACAGCGCGCUGAACCCGUUGAUCUACGCCUAUUUCAAUCGCGACUUUCGUGCAGCCUUCAAGAAGACGCUGGAGAGCUGUUGCGUGGCGAUCGGACCUGUCCGUGACCUGCACCAGGUGCACAGGAAACAGGACCUGGUGCACAGUAACGCGUCCUCGGAGCUACACGUCAACAACCAGCUGAGGACCAGCGAGAUGACCAACGUGCACAUCGAGGCGUGCAUCUGA